AGACAAGGAAGCAAAGAGAUUUCGGCUAAAGAAAUCUGAACUUGAAAAGAGAACACAAAAUGCUUUAUGUGUACUAGUGUGAUUGUAUGGACAAAAAGCCACCUGAAGAAAACCCGCAGCCGCAGAAACUGAGUCAGUAAAGUAGCUAACUAUGCUAGCUCAGGUUAUUUGCCGCCAUUUCUUCAAGUUGCCAUCCCUCCCCCAAUAAAACAGCUUGUGGUACAGUGGUAAAACAGUAUUUCCACAUAUUGCCACGUUUAAGCUGUGAUAGCUCCCACAUAUUUUGUAGUGUAACACUAAUAACUCCCACAUAUUUUCUAGUGUAACACUCUGAAGAAAGCCAGUUAGCAAGUUGUUAACAUGUAAACACAUGUGCGCGGAAGUAACGCCUAUAAAUCACACAAAGCAUCAUGGGAGCUAGAAAUUUGCUGGAAAGAAGAUAAAUGUUUUAGACCCACAGGAAGCUAAUUAAGUGCUGCAGUGUUUUUAAGUCUCGUAAUUUUGUUCGUAUCUUCACAUGUAACAUCUCUGUUUUUUUAAAGUAUAUUUUUAACCAAGUUGUAAAGUGUACUUAUGUUUGCACCAGUUGUGAAAAAUAUAUUGUCCUUGUUUAGAAACCUUAGAACAGUUUUAACUUUAUUCUUGUAUUUAAGAAAAUAAAUAUUCACCUAUUUUUAACAUAGAUAUAUUUUUACGGUUGUUUUUUAAUUGAAAUUUAUUUUGCUUGUAUUUACAGCUUCUCUCUUCUGCGAGACUUUGUGAUUUGGAAGUUUUCCACUGCUGCCUGCUACGAAUCUGACCUCUGCAUCAUCACACCAUCUAAUUAAUUCACUUAUACUGAUACCUGUUGAUCCUAUAGAGAUAUAUUUUAUCUAGAUAUUAAGAAAAGCACAUAGUAACAUUGAGUUAAAAGCAUUCACAAACACAUAUAAUAUUGUUUGAAUAACCAGCUUUCCGCCCCCCCAGGUGUCUUCUUUUUUCAUUCUGCUGUUACAGGAUGCCACGUAGAGGACGACGCUCCGAGGCUGCCAAGGUGAGAUGGAGAAAGCUGGAGAUUGUGCCGGUCGACGCAAAGCCUGGGACACCACCGCUCGCACCCAGCGCUUGGAACCCAACUCGGUCUCCGCCAAAGAAGAUGUCCCGACUGCUGGAGGGUGAACUGCACGACCAAAUGUCGCCUCCCGUGGUGCGUCAGGAGGAGCCCCGUGUGCCACCGACCUCUCCUGGGUUACGCCGUGGGACGGGGCGUCGCCAUCGGGUGGAGACGUGGCCAGCCUCCCGGGUGACCAGACGGAGCUGCAAGUUGGUUCUGCCUACUGCCGGGGCUCUGGAGAAGAAGUUUGCUCUUUUGGUUGGUGAUUCCCAUCUGCGUGCUUUUGUGGAUGGGUAUUCUACCAUGCCAAAGGGCGACUUCUCCUUAGGGGUGCUUGCAUCCCCCGGUGCCUCUGCGGAAGAGUUGCGGCUUGAGGUGCUGGAUGCAGUUCUGCCUCGGCCCCCCGAGGUGAUCUGUCUUCUGGCCCCAAGUAACAACUUAACCGCCAGCAGGACUGUCGUGGAGGCCGGAGCAGCGUUUGACGCUUUGUUGAGUACCGUCUGCAACCUCUCUGCUAAUGUGGUCGUUGUGGACUUUCCACCGCGCCUUUGCGUGGAGGUCAGUGUGCAACAGCUGCUGCGGCAGGAGUUUCAACGUGUGGCUGGUCAGAGAAGUGUUCGGUACUUGCCUGUCACUGAACACUUCCCGUUGAGCUGCCUGGCAUUGUGGAGCAGGGAUGGCGUUCACUUGAGCGACCAUCCUGGGAUGGAGGUCCUUGCUCAGUUGCUUGAGGCGGCGGUCUGCUCGCAACUUGAGUUAAGUGCAUCGAAAUCUCCUGCUCCUGUGAUGUUGGCUGAUCCCCCUCCUGGGACGGCUUCCCCCCCCCCGGUGAGACGUCCCCUGCCCCGGAUGGUUGUGGUUAGCGAGGAGGCUGCUCCGCGUCGUUCGGAGUCCUUCGCCUGGACUGUGGUUGGUGGUGGUCGGAAGGGAGACCUGCUGGAUUCUUCCAUCCCCCCCAAUCCUGUGUGCUUCAGCCCAGCGUUGCUGGAGGAGAUGGACCGGAUCGUUCCUGCGUCUGGCCUUGAAACUCCGCUACCUACAUGUUCUCCAAAGGGGAAAAAGAAGGCGACUGUCAGGCGUCGUCCAAUUUCCUACCCCUCCAAGCUGAAUCCAGUGGAGCAGCAGAUGGAGGGAGCGCCGAGAGAGACCAACAGCAAAGCUCGUCGCCAGGCACAGAGUCCUGUACCCCCGAUGAACGUCCAGGACGAGUCCUCUUCCGUGCCACAGGAGGAACAUUUUUGGGAUGGGAGCUGCAAGGCUUCUGCACUAGAAGUCAGGAUCAGCAGUCCACCUGUCCUGUUGGUAAGUGCUACACAUUCCCAGGCCGACAAGAGGUAUGCUGCAUUUUCCCGUAAUCACCAGUGCACAUGCAUGGCACUCACAUUUUUAGCUUACCACAAUGAGGGGUUGCAGUUUGACACAGUGAUGCUUGAUAGAGUGAUUGAAAAAGGAGACCAACUUUAUGCCGGCGUUAAACAGCAACUGAUCAGUGAUGGAACAUUUCGUGACAAUCACUUGACGUUUGAACAGAUGCCUGACCAUGUACUGACCGAUAGGAACAUCUAUGCAGUACACACAACUGGUUUAAGGGUAGGUCAUGUUUUUGCUCGUAGCAGGAGCACUCAAGGAUCUCGACAAUUGGGUUUGCAUCUUGCCCUGCAACUGGAAUGUCUGUCGGAAAAUGUAACCCAUGCUUUCCUUUUGGUGACUCCAGAGUGCAUUGCAGUUUUCAGGGACAGAAGCGGUCGGUUUGGAGUUUUUGAUUCCCACUCAAGAAAUUCAGCAGGCCUGCCCCACCCCAGUGGAACUGCAGUAAUGAUGACUUUCUGCAACCUGUCUGACUUGGUCAGCCAUCUAUUGAAGCUCUUUCGAAAUCGCGGCCCCAAUGCCACCUAUGAGUUUGUGCCAGUAGGUUUUGACAGGGAAAAUGAAGAUCAUUCUCAGAACUUGACUUUUGACAACAUUUCACCUGUAGCAACACAGGUAAGUCCAACUGCUUUGAAAUCAGAGAGUCCGUCUGAUGAGGAAAUGCCUCCUUGGCUUAGGGAAGUUGCAAACGUAUUAGAGGAGAGACCUCCAACCAUUACAAAUUUGUCAAAAGUGCCAAAAACCGAUAGAAGAAAAAUUAAAAACAGGAUCAAAACACAACAGAGACAGAAUGUAGGAAGUAAAAUGAAACAAAGUUCAUCUGAAAAAGAAAGAUAUCUGACAUCUCCAACAUUUAGGACCAAAAAGCUACAGGCCUUAAAAGAAAACUAUAUUCUUCAUAAAGUAGAGAGGAAGGAUCAGUUAAAUAACAGAUAUAGAACAGAUGCAUUUUUCCGGAAGAGACGAAUAAAUUACAUUAAGGACAGAUUCGAUUUUGUCCGUAGCUUCAGAGACAGUCAUAAAGCCAAGAUGGCUGAGUAUAUGAAGAAACGAUUCAGAGAGGAUCCGGCCUUUAGAAGCAGAAAAAAAUCAAACAUCAGGAAUCGAUUCAGAGAUGAUCCGGCCUUUAGAAGCAGACAAAAAGCAUACAUCAGGAAUCGAUUCAGAGAUGAUCCGGCCUUUAGAAGCAGACAAAAAGCAUACAUCAGGAAUCGAUUCAGAGAUGAUCCGGCCUUUAGAAGCAGACAAAAAUCAAAUAUCAGAAAUCGAUUCAGAAACGAUCCGGUCUUCAGAAGCAAACACAAAAAAACAAUGCGUGAAUAUAUGAAGGCGAAGUAUCAUAGUGAGCCUGCUUAUCGAGCAAAACAUAAAGAAAAAUGUGCUGCCAACAGAAGAGGCAGACUAUCAAGAGAAGCACAUUCCCAAAAUUUAACACUGCAGCAUGCUUUGCGAAUCACAAGGAAGUAUAAAAGAAACGUAAGCUUCCACCUUGAAACUCCAAGCUCUCUGAUAACUGAGGAAAUGAAAGCUGCAAUACAAAACUUUUAUAAGAACAUUAAAAACGGACCCACAUAUGUUUGCACCGUGUGUCACAGAGCUCUUUUCCCCAAUCAAGUAAAGCGCUGUAAACGAGAUAAAUAUACCAAGAAUAUGCGUGUAGUAGCUGAUUGUCUAACCGGUACAUAUGUUCAUGUGUGUGGAUCUGCAUGCUCAACCCCAUGUUCUGUACCCGAAGAAAGGAUGGGGGAGUGGAUCUGCUACACAUGUGACAGCCAUCUAACCAGAGGAAAGAUGCCAUCUAUUGCUGCUGUUAAUAACCUUCACCUAGCUUCUGUUCCACCAGAGCUUGCGGAAUUGAAUGUACUUGAACGGCAAUUAAUUGCAAAAAUUCUACCUUUUGCAAAAAUUGUUUCCUUGCCCAAAGGACAGCAAAGGGCAAUACAUGGAGCGGUUGUCUGUGUUCCUUCUGAAAUGGAAACAGUCGUAAACAGUCUUCCGAGGCCCCGUGAGGAAGCCCAGCUUUUACAGGUGAAGCUGAAGAGAAAAACCAAGUAUAAAGGAUACCAAUACUUUUACACAGUAAACAUGAAAAAUGUCUUAGCUGCACUGACCAAGCUUAAAGAGAGUCAUCCGGAUUACAAAGAAGUAAGUAUAAAUGAAAGUGCAACAUUUGAAGAUUUCCAAGAGGAUCAGCCAGUUGAGGACUUGGAAACAGAAGCAGCGGAGACUGAAAUGGAUAUAGAAGCAGACCAGCAACCUGACCACAUAGGGAUAGAGCAUCAGGCACUUCGACCUGGUCUGAUCUUGGACACCUGCAUGCAGCCUCCUGACAUAGCACAGGAAGUAUUGUCAUAUGGAGAAGGGAUUUUCAGCAUUGCGCCGGCUCAGGGGAACAAGCCCAUCUCCUUCUUCAGUGUUCCAAGACUUGAAGCAAAUGCUUAUCCCGUACAUUUCCCAACUGGAAUAAACACAUUAGAUGAAGCCCGCCGUGUUGCACUUUCACCGAGUAUGUAUUUCAAUGUACGACUUUUCUCAAUAGAUACUCGGUUUGCCAAAGACCAGAGUUACCUUUUCUUUGCUCAGUUUGUCACGGAAACUCAUAUUGCCAAUAGUAGUAUGUCCAUUCAGAGAAGAAAAGGGAAACCAAGCACCAAAGAUGGGAAAAAUAUUUCCAGCAAAAUGCUGCAGGAUAAAGAGGAGUUGCAAAAACUUAUCCAGAAUAAAGAGGCUACCCGUUUCAUGCAACCCUUAAGAGGAACUCCAGCUUAUUGGGAGAAAGGGUUACGUGAUUUGCACGCCAUGGUGAGGCAACUUGGAAAGCCCACUUUCUUUUGCACGUUCUCUGCUGCUGAAAUGAGAUGGCCAGAAGUCAUUGAGGCCAUCAAAGGUCAACAUGGCGAGCAGGUAGAUUUUUCUGAGCUUGACUGGAAUGCAAAAUGUGACAUUCUUAGAAGCAACCCUGUAACCGUCAUGCGCAUGUUUGAAAAGAGAGUGGAUGCACUGUUUAGAGACCUCAUUCUUUCCCCUGCACAGCCCCUUGGAGCAGUGGACGAUUACUUUUAUCGUGUAGAAUUUCAGGCAAGGGGUUCACCACACAUACAUGCUGUGAUAUGGAUUAAGGAUGCACCUGAAAUGGAAGACCCCUCAUGUUGCGGUGAAGUCAUAAAGUUCAUCGAUCGUCACAUAUCCUGUCAGUUGCCUGAUGAAACCAGAGAUCCAGAGCUUCACAAAAUAGUCACAGAGGUUCAAAUGCACAGCAAAAAGCACUCAAAAUCAUGCAAAAAAGGUAAUGUUGAAUGCAGAUUUGGAUUCCCCAAACUAGCAAUGGACCGCACCAGAAUCACCGUCCCAGUAAUUGACUUUGAUUUGGAAAUUGAUGAUGAAACACCAAAGCAAAGUAAGCCAAAAGGUAGGAGAAAGUCCAAAAAAUCGAGAUCACCAUUUGUCUCAAACCUACAAAGAGAGGCUAAGAAGAAACUGAAAACAGUUAGAGAUUUACUGAAAGAUGACAAAUCAUCUUUCAGGGAUUUGUCAGAGUUACUCCAGGCUUGUAAUAUGACUAAAAUAGAGUACAAUGGCCAUGUUGAUGCUCUCACUUCUGGAAUGGUGGUAAUGAUGAAACGGGAUCCUAAAGAUAGCUGGGUCAAUGGGUACAACCCCGAUCUCCUUCGUGCAUGGAAUGCUAACAUGGACAUUCAGUAUGUGCUUGAUGAGUACACCUGCAUUGAGUACAUGAUGUCCUACAUAGCCAAGCCAGAGCAUGAAAUGGCGCAGUUCCUCAAGUCUGUUGUUGAUGAUUUAAAGACGGCCAAUGUUAGCCAACGCGAUGAGAUGAAGAAGAUCAUGCAGGCUUAUUCAAAACAGAGAGAGGUUAGUGCUCAAGAAUCCGUUGCGCGCACUUGUAGCCUACCUCUCAAAAAGUCCUCUCGUAGUGUCCUUUUUCUUCAAACAGAUGAAGACGGUAUAAAAAUGAGUCUUCCGAUGAGUAAACUCGUAAACAUGUCCCCAGAUGAAGAGAAUGUGUGGAUGAAAGGAUUGCCGGAAAAAUAUCUCAACAGACCAGACACAUUAGAAUUCGAACACAUGUGCCUGGCAGAAUUUGCAUCAGAAUACCGGGUUCUAUAUGGUAGGCAAAUUGAAGGGCCAAAUGCAAUUGCCCUCCUUAAUGAUGCAGGAUACAUCCAGAAAAGAACUAUCGGCAAACCUGCAGUUAUUAGAUUUACUCGUUUCUCUGAGAAAAAAACACCCGAAAAGUUUUACAGACGGCUUCUGAAGUUGUAUUUUCCUCAUAGACGAGAUGAGGACCUAAAAAAUGAGGAAUGCACAACCUACGAAGCCUUUUACAACAACGGUUUUCGUGGUAGAUAUCGGGUUAAACAGUAUGUGGAUUUCAAUUGCAAAAGGUAUGAAGGGCAAGGUAAGAAAAUUGAUAAGAUUAUGGAAGAUCUGAAUAAGCAAGGACCGGUUCGUAAUGCGUGGAACACUUUUGCACCAGAGGUUGAGGUAGACAGUUUAGAAUGCGCUGCUGAGCGACCACCAUUGCAAGAAGAUGAAGAGCAAGACCCUAUUCCAGAUUAUGAAAUUGAUGUCAGCACUGUAGACAUGCCAAAAAUUGAAGCUCCUAAACUGAGCCCUGAUUUCAUCAGACAAAUGUACAGGAGUUUAAAUGAGACUCAAGCGUCCGUGUUUUACGCCAUUCGCGAUUGGUGUCUGAAGCGCGUCUGGGGUGAGAAACCAGAACCAUUCUUUUAUUUCUUGACGGGAGGAGCCGGAUGUGGUAAAUCUCAUGUCAUCAAAUGUGUUUAUCAGGAGGCAACCAAGCUCUUGCGCCAGCUUCCGAGAAUUCUCGAUAUUGGUGACAUGUCCAAGCCCACUGUGCUCCUCACAGCUUUUACUGGUACUGCAGCGUACAACAUAUCAGGGAAGACUUUACAUUCCAUCUUGAAGCUACCCAAAAGUUUAAAACCACCAUACAAGGGACUUGGAAAUUCAUUGGAUGAAGUGAGGGCAGUUCUUUCUAAUGUAGAAAUCUUAAUCAUCGAUGAAAUCUCCAUGGUCUCCAAAGACCUACUUGCAUAUGUUCACUGGAGAUUUCAACAAAUCAAGGGGAACAACAGGUUCAUGGGUGGGGUCUCUGUUUUGGCUGUGGGGGAUUUCUUCCAACUUCCUCCUCUUGGACGAUCAAAACCGCUUUGUGUCGCCGAGGAUGGCGUGCUUGAUAUCUGGAAUGAGAAUUUCCAGAUGAUCAGCCUGACAGAAAUCAUGCGGCAGAAAGAUGACCGAACGUUUGCAGAGCUCCUGAACAGGAUUCGAGUUAAAGGUAAAGCCGAUUCACUUAGUAAGGAUGACAAGACUCUUUUGAUCCAAGCUGUUACUGACUCAAAAGAGUGUCCAAUGGAUGUUCUGCACAUUUUUGCAACAAACAAACAGGUGGACACCCAUAAUGCAGCAGUUGUGACCUCUUUAGGUGUAGUAACAGUUGAUAUCGAGGCAGAGGACUACAAAAGGGUUACAAAGACAGGAAACAUGAUUAAUCUGGGCUGUUGCAUAGCGGGCAACAAACGAGACUUGUCUAACAACAUACAGGCUGGUUUGGGUUUUAGGGUAAUGAUUAUAAGAAACUUGGAUGUAGAGGAUGGUCUUGUUAAUGGAACAUUUGGGACCAUUGCGGAUAUUGUCACCAGUACGAAAGAUGGAAAGAAUAGUGUAAAGUUAAUUGGACUCAAACUGGACAAUCCCCUCGCUGGACACACAAAAAAGAUUCAGGGUAAACCAGACAGCUUUGUUUACAUUGAGAGAUUUGAGGAACAGAGUAGCGUAAAGGGAGUGGUACGACGGCAAUUUCCAAUCAGGUUAGCCUUUGGGUGUACAGCACACAAAGUCCAAGGGAUGACCAUGAAGUCUGCGGUUAUUUCUUUGAAGCGUAUUUUUGAACCGGGAAUGGCAUAUGUGGCACUCAGUCGCACAACUUCCCUGGAAGGACUUAAAAUCAUUGAUUUUGAUGAAAGUAAGAUCUACGCUGACAAAAACAUCAGAGCAGCUAUGGAAUCAAUGAGAUCAGCAUCGUUUUUGCAUAUCAGACCACUCUUGCAUUUUCAGUCUGGUCAUCAAGGUGCAACAUUAACAAUUGUCCACCACAAUGUCGAAGGUCUUGUCUGUCACUCUGAGGAUAUGAAACAACAUCAUGAACUUAUGCUGGCAGAUGUCUUAUGCCUAACGGAGACUCAUUUAUUUGGAUCUUCUGUUCCAGCUUCUUGCCAAAUGGAGGGCUAUUCUUUCUUUUCACGGAACAGACAUGUCUCCUACUCAAACAGAGUCGACAUUGCUACCAAAGAGGGUGGGGGAGUAGCGACUUACUGCCGGAGUCUUCUCCAACCGCAGGAACGUAGAUUCUUCAACCAGGUUACAGAUAUUGAAUUCAACGUUGUGAAAGUGGAAACCCCAAUCAGAGCACUGAUUGCGACAGUUUACAGGCCACCAAGUUAUGAUCUUGGAACAUUUUUAAGAAAUCUGCAGAACCUCUUGGAUGGCCUGAAUUCAAUGGAUAUUCGGCCCGUUGUCAUAUUGGGAGACUUCAAUGAGGACCUUAUUCCUCCUGGGAAAAAAGCCAUCAAUGAGUUGUUUAGAGCAAAAGGCUUUAUGCAACUCAUCUCUGAUGCAACCACAGAAAAACGUACCCUCCUUGAUCACAUUUACAUCUCCAAUCCAGAAUACUGUAUCCAAUCAGGUGUCUUGCAGGCUUACUACAGCUACCACAAUCCUAUAUACUGUGUGUUAGCUUCAGUAUAAACUGCAUCUACAGUGGCUUCCAAAAAUAGUUAUGUUCCUUGAAAUUUUCCUAUUCAUAAGGGGUAUUUUUCUUGAUCUUUUAUAUUAAAUUCCGAUGAAAUAUAUUUGUGGUUGUAAUGUAACAAUAUGGAACAGUUCAAGGAGUAUGAUUACUUUGUAAGCACUGUAAAUCUUAAUCCUGAAUUCAUGACAGGAUAUUAUUUUUGGAGAACAUGUAAAGAUCUUGCAUCAUUUUAUGUGACUGUGGGUUUUUUUGUAUAUCCAGCAAUCAGAAAGCAGUGUGGGUUGUUUUUCUCUAUCAUUGUUGCAGAGGGUUUGAUAUAUAUUUAUUCAUUGUACACAUUUGUGAAUUAUAGUGUAGCUUGUGGAUUUUGUUGUAGGAAUAAAAAUAUUCUUGUACAGUUUGCAAAUCUUUUCAAUACUUAUUUAGUUCCGUAGAAAGGAGGCUUCAUAACCAGGGUUUGUAUGUGCCCAUGAAACUUUGUUUGAGGUUUGGGAAUACGAAAGUGGCUGAUCUUGAAACACUUAUCGGUUCUCUGUCAGAGUAGUUGCUGGAAAUAUUGGACCAGGAAGCGGUAGAUUAAAAAAUCAGUUACUACACGUAUAUUCUGUUCUAUUUUGAAAUAAAAAUUAUUUCAAAUUGGUCUUCAAUCUGGCACAUAGCAUUUUCCUCAUUUUUCUAAUGCAGUUAGAGUAACUGUUACCCUUUGAGUAAGUUAAUUUUUUGCAAAACUCUUUUUUUAUUCUUCACAAUUUGCGUCAUUCAAUUAAAGCUCUCCUUGUUUCAUCUCUCCCCAAUGAUACUGCACUUUUUACUGCUGCAGCCCCCUAGGGGUUACUUCACUAGAAGGACAAAAGUUGAACUCACUUUUGUCCUGUUGGACUCCCUCCACAUACUGAGAAUUUGUGUUGUUUUGAUGGAAUUAACCUCUUUUCUCCCAGUUUUAGUCUGUUUUUGCAGGUUGUUCCAAACAAACAAUCCUUGGAGGCUGCUAAGAAGAGAGAGGAAACGAGACCUGGAGGUUUGGCGCAUGAGAGUUAGCAAAUUGCAGGACAACCCUUGCCUAGCUCAUAGACUUGGUCCCACACCCAAUCUGAGGAGAAGAUGGAGUUCCUGUUUCUUUAGAUAGUCUGUGAUGUGUCACACCAGAUUGGAUGCCUAAGAAGAAGUUGGGAAAAAUCAAAAAGCUUUGGAGAAGCGAUUCUUUUUUGUUGUUGUUAUUCUUUAUAGUUGUAAAUAGUUUUUGAUGUAUGUAUAUAUUUAAGAUGGUUUCAUUUAUUGUAUAGAGACUGCAAUAUGUUACAUUAGAUUAAUUUAAAAUAUGUUUUCAUGUAUGUAUAUAGUUAUAAAGGUUUCACAUUUAUAACAAGUGGAUCAUCAUGGCAAAGCCAUAAUGUUUCACUUGUGACAGUAAAUCUGUCAGGCCUCACCUUGACACUCAGGCAACAACCCUGAGUGCCACACGGCCGGACAGGACACAUGUAAAAUAAAAAAGAUAGCAAUUUCUUUUUAUUGCAGAGACAUUAGAUUCUUAAAUUUAUGGUAUUCUUUA